AAAAGGAAAAGCAAACUGAUACACACCUCUCAAUUCUGGCAGGAGGAAAAGAAUAGGAGUGUUUAUGAAGCGUAGAAGUAAACAGCAGGAGAAGCAGGCGCGCACAGAGCCGACGCGUAAAAAGCAGCUCCGGAGAUCGUCCCGUUGCGUUCAGGAUUAUAAGUUUUUUUGUGUGUCAUCUAAAAAGGUGGAUCAUGAUCUAAAACCCGAGAUAUAACAAGCAGCAUUUUUGAAAUGCGUAGCGUGCGAUGCUAUUCCUGGAGCCCCCAAAGCCGACGCUUGAACUCUCAGUAAACAUCCAGUCGAGGUUUAAAACAUCAGCUAGCUAACGUCAGGAGGAUUGGAUCAUUCAGGACUUUAAGGAGGAGAGAGGUGGAUACAAAAAUCCAGAGAGAAGAGAACGUUUGAAGCUUUGACGGGAUGGCUCUGGUCGACAAACAUAAAGUGAAGCGCCAGCGGCUUGACAAGAUCUGUGAGGGUAUUCGGCCUCAGAUUAUGAAUGGGCCUAUGCACCCGCGCCCCCUGGUGGCGCUGCUUGAUGGGCGCGACUGCACCGUGGAGAUGCCCAUCCUCAAAGACCUGGCCACCGUGGCUUUCUGCGAUGCCCAAUCCACGCAGGAGAUACAUGAAAAGGUGCUGAACGAGGCAGUAGGGGCCAUGAUGUACCACACCAUCACGCUGACCAGAGAGGACCUGGAGAAGUUCAAGGCGCUGCGCAUCAUCAUCCGCAUCGGCAGUGGCUACGACAACAUCGACAUCAAGGCCGCCGGCGAGCUCGGCAUCGCAGUGUGUAAUAUUCCCUCAGCGGCUGUAGAAGAGACAGCAGACUCAACACUUUGUCACAUCCUCAACCUGUACCGGCGAAACACCUGGCUGUACCAGGCUCUCCGGGAGGGCACGCGGGUCCAGAGCGUCGAGCAGAUCCGGGAGGUGGCGUCGGGGGCGGCCAGAAUCCGAGGAGAGACGCUCGGCCUCAUCGGAUUCGGUCGCUCAGGCCAGGCGGUGGCGAUGCGGGCCAAGGCGUUCGGCUUUAACGUGCUCUUCUACGACCCCUACCUCCAGGACGGCUUGGAGCGCUCGCUGGGCGUUCAGCGAGUCUACACACUCCAGGACCUGCUCUACCAGAGCGACUGCGUCUCCCUGCACUGCAACCUGAACGAACACAACCACCACCUCAUCAACGACUUCACCAUCAAACAGAUGCGUCAAGGUGCUUUCCUGGUCAACUCGGCACGGGGAGGUCUGGUGGAUGAGAAAGCUUUGGCUCAGGCCCUGAAAGAAGGCAGGAUACGGGGAGCCGCCUUGGACGUCCACGAGACGGAGCCUUUCAGUUUUUCCCAAGGUCCCCUGAAAGACGCCCCCAACUUGAUCUGCACACCCCACACCGCCUGGUACAGCGAGCAGGCAUCACUGGAGAUGAGAGAGGCCGCCGCCACAGAAAUACGCAGAGCCAUCACUGGCCGUAUUCCCGACAGCCUCCGAAACUGCGUCAACAAAGAGUUCUUUGUUACCACGGCGCCCUGGGGGAUGAUGGAGCAGCAGCAGCCUCAAGUUCACCCUGAGAUGAACGGUGCCGCCUACAGAUUCCCUCCUGGUGUAGUGGGCGUUGCCCCCGGCGGGAUUCCCGGACCUAUGGAGGGGUUGGUGCCUGGGGGAGUUCCCAUCGCCCACACGCUGCCCCCCGGUACCCAUCCGUCACAGGCCACCUCCCCCAACCAACCCUCCAAACAUGGCGACCCCAUGAGAGAGCACAUGACUGAGCCGUAGGACUGCUGCUGUAACCGAGCAGGGGGCUAAAACCGAUGUAAACAAACAAAAAAAAAAAACAGUACCCUACCAACUCAACCAUCCAACUGUCUGCUUGACUUCAGCCAUCUGAACCUACCAGCAGACUGCCUGCCGGGCAACGUUUCACACGUUUUCUUUUUGUAUGAAACCACUAAGCCCAAGUGAGGACAGCGGAUGUUAUUACACACAUGAUGAGCUGCCGCACUGAGAUGGGACUGACCGUCAAACUCAUGCGCCGAAGAUCUGAAACCUUUCCUCCUCCCCCCCAUAUCUGUUUUUGUUCUUCAUUGAUUUAAGUGAUAUUUUUUGUUUUUAUCUUGAGUAUAUUUUAGGGGAGAGAUUCCUCCUGACUUCUGGGACAUGUUGACAUUUCCACAUGCAGAGGACGGAAAUUUGACCCUCCCUCCCUGGUUUAAAGGAAGAGUUUGAAGGGACAGUGACUUCUUAAAUGAUCCGUCAAGCCUCCGUUUCCCCCUUUCAGUUUCACCCAUUUCAGCUCAAACAUGUCUUUUGUUACUUUGUUUUUUUUCUACUUCUUCUGUUUUAUCCUAUAUUCUGUGUUUCUGUUGCAAGUGAAUAUCUGUUUUUCUGUUCUGCAGUGUUUUUGCGAACAUGAAUGGAUUUACAGGCUACACACAUACUGUAUGUUUAGCAGAUGAGAAAAAGUCAGCUGAUGACUACAGCAGCGUCUGCCGUCUCCAUCAGAAAUCUGGACUCCAUCUAAUUGUCGUGGUUGGUGGCCCCUGAAUGUAGAGACGAGAUGCGGGGCAGUAGAUGUGGUUUCCAGUUCCAGGAAGAAUAUUUCGGCUUAUGAGGUAAAAAAAUUACCAUUUUAAACCAAAAAAAAGGAAAAAAACAGACUGCCAUUUGUGGUUAGAUAUUGUACGUUGAGUAUGUCACAUCACUUAAAUAUUGCUGUUGCUUAUAUUGCUUUUCCAACUCUGCUGAACUGAGGUACCUACGAUAUUUGGUUAUUGUCAUGAACAGUGUCCCAAAUAUGAUUUGCAUCCAAAGGACCGACAGUACAGUACAUUGCAGCACCAGCUAGCGAGGUAGGAAAAACAAAAACAGUAAAUCUCUUACUGACUCAGGAAAAAAAUGAUUAACCUUCAAAUAUGUCCAAAUCUGAACAGAAAAGAAAAAAAUUAAUUAUUGCUUUUCAUGUCUCCACCUCUUUCUCCAUCGUGGUAUUUUUUUUUUUUUUAUAUAUCAAAUGUAAGUUUUUUGAUGUUCAAGGUUUUCAGUCCUGUUAGAUUUGUACUGCCUUGUUAAAUGUUCUUAUAAUCAUAGUCUUAUGUGAACGACCCCACCCUCGCCUCCUUAUAGUUUCUUCCUCUUUGUUUUUCUGCUCUUAAUGAAAGCCAGCUGCGGCUCUCGGAGGCAUCGUGCCCUCUGCGAACAACAGCAGCCACAUCCAUCCCUUUUAGUCCCAUGACGUUAGCAAGAGACGGCUGCUAGCAGAUUGUUUUGGUUUUGUAGUGUUGAGCUUUGAGUGUUUGUAUUUGUUUCUUGUACAAGGUGAACAUAUAGCAUACAGUGCAGCUGGAAACAAUAAAUAAAACGUACUGUUCUGAUUGAUGAUUGGCUCCGUGGAACAUUUGUGGGAUAUUCAUUUUUUUUUUUUUCUGGACAUUUUUUUUUUUUACAGUUAUUUAAAAGAUGCUUUAAAAUCCUCUAAAAUGGGUUUUUCAAAGUCUGACGCUGUCAAUGUCAGUAAUGUCAACAAAAAUAUUUAUUGUGCAACAAACAAAAAAAAGUUAAUAUUAAUGGAUUUUGUCACUUUUAUUCUUUCCUACUUCUAUUUGGUAGAUAAUCAUGCUCUAACAUUUGGAAAUACAGUUCCCAUAAUUCUUGUCAGGAAAACAGAAAGUGUAUUGUUUUGCUGUGAGUUACUUGAGCCCCGUUUUUUUUUGUUAACAUUUUGUCAAAUUGGCAUCAUUAAAAAUAUGCCGAAUUAGCUACUAGCAGUUCCUGUUUGCAAAUGUACCCAUGGAUGUACAGAUAACUAUCACUGGAUUACUUUGAUACUGAAGAAAUCUAAUAAACAUGCUGAUUCUCAG